AUGCCUCCCAAAGCCGCCAAGGGCGAGUACAUCGAAACAGUAAGUUCUAGUCCUCUCAGCACUCCAGUGAAGCCUACAGACACGAAUGCAAGUCUCCAAUCCCAAGAACCACUGAGUAACACGCACCAGGAUACGGGAAACAAGAUCUCGCGCCGGUCCCAAAUCCACGGCACGCAGCACAUCAUUCUGGGCGGAAAGACAGUCAUCCAAGCUGAAGCCGUCAUCCGGGGUGAUCUCUACCGACUCCCCUCCACCCCCGCCUCAACAGAUCCCAAUAAUCCACCCCAACCAUCCACAGCGCCCAGCGUCGCAAUCACCGUCGGACGAUACAGCUACAUUUCCAAGGGUGCGAUCCUGCGCCCGCCGAGCAGAUUGCACCGCGGUGUCCACUCGUAUUACCCGCUCAAAAUCGGCGACCACGUUUUCGUCGGCGAGUCGGCUGUCGUUGAGGCGGCAUCUUUGGGAAACCAUGUUCAUGUUGGGGCUCGGGCGACGGUUGGAAGCAUGGCUAUCAUAAAGGACUUUUCUGUUGUGCUAGAUGGGGCGGUUGUGCCGCCGGGUAUGGUUGUGCCGAGCUGGUGUGUUGUUGGGGGUCGACCUGCGAGAAUUGUUGGUGAAGUUGGCGAGGGGUAUGGGGUUGAAGGGGCUGAGGGUGGCUUGGCGAGAGAGAGAUAUCGGGCUGUUGGGCGAUCGUGA